AUGAUAACAAGGACCAACGCUACUUCCGAUAACAUCCUUCCCCGAUCAGACCCCGAAGCAAUCCUCAGAGCUGGUAACGCCAAACGGAAACAAGCCACACAAUUUUCCACUCAACUGGUUGACCAUACCCCCUCUCAAUCAACUGGAAAGAUGUCUGACACUACUGUACCAACCGGGGGGCAAGAACAAUCGUCAGAGUCUAACAACCGCACUGCCGACCCGUCCGAGGUCACCACAGCCAAAGAGUGGUUCAAAGCAGUUCUCAAGAUCCAGCAUUCUUCAAUCGCUCAAGCGCAGGAAGAUCGACGACAAGCCAUAGAAGAUCGUCGAGCAGAUCGGCAGAUCCUGAUGGCCUCCCAUCAAGCUAGCGCAGCCCGCAUUGCCAGAUUAGAAGACCUGCUCUUAGCGAUGAACAUCAAGAACGAAGUCACUGCGCGACCAACACAACCAACGCCGGGUCGAGUUGACCUCCAAAAAUUUCGGACCUCAGAUGGACCCAUGUAUCGCGGCCCCUUCCAAGAAACCGAGUCGUUCCUACGGUGGAUACAUGGUGUCCAAAUUUUUUUCGAAACGAAAGACGUUACCAACGCGGCCGACAAGAUUAAGAUACUCGGCAAUCUCAUUGCGGAAACCAACUUACAGUCAUUCUACGCAAACGAAGCGGCAGGUUUCCUCACGAGAUCAUGGGACGAAUUUAAGACUCGGAUGUUCGACUUUGCGCUCCCCACCAACUGGCGCUCGGGACUACAGCGCCAAGUCCGCAAGCUGGAAAUGACCCCUACCGAAACGUUUCUUGAAUACAGCACGAGAGCUCGCACCUUACAGAGCCUCUUCAACUUCGAUGCCGACAAAACGUCAAAACUGGGCUACCUUCAGCUUGCGCAGUUCGUUGUCUAUGGGUUAGCCGACGCCAUACAAGAUCGAAUUAACGAGAGGCAACUCCUUGAAGUGUCACCGUUCAACUACGGGCCUUUUGAGAAACAAGCCAACGCCUCCUUCCUCGCAUUACAACGCCCGACCGAAUUGCCAACGUUGACCAAAUCAACUCCGAACGCGCCACCAGCCCUAGGCCGAGAAGAGUUCAUCUGGCGCGUACAUGCAUAUCUGGAUUCGCAAGGGCUUUGCCACUUCUGCAAAAGACACUGCGGCAACGCCUCGGGGACCUGUCCUGGACCGAUCGACCGAUCACACAUCAACAUCCCUAGCAAAUUCCAGACCCCCCCUAAGCCGCCUAAUUACAGCGCCCCCCGCGCCUGGAGCAAGGAAACUGCCACCCCAGGUAAACCGACUCACCCCCCUGCCGGACGACCUACAGCUCGAGCAGCGACUGUGGCGGGUAUCUCAGCGGAAUCCCCACUUGAAGCCCAAGUCUCAGCCCUGACGCUUGAAGCAGCAAUCAGGGAAGAUAACCGUUUUGACAGCCGAUUUGACGACGAGGGCUGUUUCCCCAGCCUUGACACAGCAGCCAUCGCCGCACUAGAAGACCUCGACAACCAAUUGCUUUUGAAUGAAAUUGAGAAGGUCACACAGGCAGAUUUGGCAUAUCGCAUCGCGGGACACUGA